CGAGUAUCUGUAUCGUUCUGUUUCUCGUGAUUUUCCUCGUUUAGAAGCCAGUGUAAAUCAGAGAAUAUUAAAGAUGUCUUCGCGCAAAACGGCCGGACGUCGUGCAACGACCAAAAAGCGGGCACAGCGUGCAACAUCGAAUGUCUUCGCGAUGUUCGAUCAAGCCCAAAUUGCAGAAUUUAAGGAAGCUUUCAACAUGAUCGACCAGAAUCACGACGGUUUCAUCGAUAAAGAAGAUCUUCACGACAUGCUCGCUUCGCUAGGCAAAAAUCCUACCGACGACUACUUGGAAGGAAUGAUGAACGAGGCACCGGGACCAAUUAAUUUUACAAUGUUUUUAACUUUAUUUGGCGAAAGACUUCAAGGUACAGAUCCGGAGGAUGUGAUUAAAAACGCAUUCGGUUGCUUCGACGAAGAAAACACGGGACACAUAAACGAAGAACGCCUUCGGGAAUUGCUUACGACAAUGGGAGACAGGUUUACGGAUGACGACGUUGACGAAAUGUAUCGCGAGGCACCAAUCAAGGGAUCGAUGUUCGAUUACAUAGAAUUUACAAGAAUUUUAAAGCACGGAGCUAAAGACAAGGAUGAACAGUGAAAAACCUCUAAUCAUUUGUUUUCUGUAUUUGUGUGAUUGAGCGUGAAAAACGCUUUUAUAUGGUUGCAAUUGUAAAGUUUGAAAUAUUACUUGUAUUUUGUACAUCCUCUAUUAAUGAGUAUAACUGAAAAUCUAGGAUUUACAUUAUUUUUUGAGAAACUGCCUUAUCUCUAAGUCCUAAAUAUGUAAGCCCGGAAACCUUACAAGCAUUUGCCGUAUUUAUUUGCAAGUACAUAUAAUUGUUCGUACAGCAAGC